CAAUAAACCCUAGCUGAGUUAUAUCAUCAUAUACAUAUAUAUCUGAUCUUUAUAGCUAAAGAAAGAUAGAUAAUCUCUACUCUGUAGCUAAUUGUGUUUUAUAAUAUCAGAUCAGUAGUUAUACUAUAAAGAAAAAGAAUGGCAGCCACCAGCAAUGCUUUGAAGGGUAAGAUUGAGAUUGAUGUUGAUAUCAAGGCAUCUCCUACAAAGUUCUACCACAUGUUCCGGAAAACUGCUCACAUCGUUCCUCACUGCGCCGGUAGCCAUAUUCAAGGAGUUGAUGUCCAUGAAGGUGACUGGGAGAGCCAUGGCUCUAUCAAGUUUUGGAAAUACACAGUUGACGGAAAAGAGGAGACGUUCAAGGAGAAGGUGGAAUUAGAUGAUGAGAACAAUAAGGUGAGUCUGAUUGGAAUUGAAGGUGAUGUGUUCAAGCACUACAAGUGCUUCAAUGUUAUAUACCAGGCGGUUCCCAAUCCCAAGGGCGAGGGUUCCUUGGCCAAACUCAGCAUCGAAUAUGAGAAGCUCGACCCUUCUGUUCCAACUCCAAACAAGUACCUCAAUCUCAUGAUUAACAUCACCAAAGAUAUCGAUUCUCACUUUGAGAAGGCUGCACCUCAAACUAAGACCGUUGUUUGGUGAAAAAUGAAUUGAUGAAAAACAAAUAAAAGGGGUCCAUAUAUAUCGUUUAUAUUAUAUGUGUGUGAAGAAAUUAAUAAGGAUAAUUUAUUUUAUCCAUAAUCAGUCACUCGAGCUUCCGCUGUCUCUACUACUUGCAUGUACUACUAUACAACAAGCUAUAUAUAUUGGUCACUAUUUAAUUUCA